GCCACGGAUCAGCGUAUAGUGCGGGUUGAAAUUCGUUGGUUUUCGGUUCCCUCCCUCGGGGUCGUUGUCCAUCGGCUGCCGAAAGUAUAGGCAAAACGGAAAAGAAUCAAAGUGACCUGCCGGAAUCUGCACCGUUUCUACGGUGACGCUUUGGCCAAUAAAACAAGUGCAGACAGUGACGCUCGGCCAUCUCAGCAGCCACAAGCGGGGAGACAAGAAAAUACAAUGGCCACGAUUGGCACUGUUAAACUGCCUGACCUCAUCAACCGUUGGAUGGAGGUACAGAACCCGGGAACCGGUGGCACGGACGGUGCGACGAAGGAGCCCCUGGACAUUGACGCAAUCAACCUGACGCUGUUGCUCAAAUCGAUGGGCAUGCGAUUGCAGUAUCUGGAUUUUGACGACGAGAAGACCAACACCGACGCCCUGACCAUCAGCAUCAAGUGCAACCGAUCCGGUAUACGGUCGGAGUUGAGUUACGAUCUGCAGCAGCAAGGUUGUAGCUGCCCGGAGAAAACCGAUCGCGACAGCUCGUUCUGGGAGGUGCAGGCCACCGGACCGAAGGUGUUCUCAAAGUUCAAGAACAACACUUCCUCCAACCUGCUGCCCGAUGUGUCGGAACGGUGCGCCCUCGUCUCGAAGGCUAUGCUGGCCAACCUGCUGGACUACUACCAGUGCAGCAUACGGCAGGUGAAGGAGGGUAAGGAGCGAGCCCUGGCCAGAUCGCCACUGAAACCAAAGGACACGCCCGGAUGUGUAACGAGUCCGGGACUUUCGAUGAGGACUCCCUUCUCGACACCGCCCGCCGAAGGACGCUGCACGGCACGGAUGAGUGUUGGAUCCUCGAGAGAACCGUUGCCGAAGCGCGACUUUCAGGACGUCGAAGCAGACCGACCGGAGGAGAAGCAGGAGGGAGAGGAGGUCAAGGAGACAGGCGAGAGCGUGACACCAUCGAAGGAAAGCGAAGCCGCAGGUCACAACAUAACGCACGACAUUCUGGAUGCAGACAGCGAAAACGUUCACAAACCGGUGAUCAUUCCGGUGGUCACAAAAAAUGCCGACAUGCCGGAUGGGGAAAGUGUCUUCAACUGCAACGAAGCCAUGAAGCAUGUGAUAACAUCGAGUCCGGUAAUCAGGAAAGGGCCGGCCCCGGCGCUGAGCCUGCACGAUACGGUCGAUAUGCAGCUCGAGCGAGAUGGGAAUGUGAUCAGCCACUUGCAGCAAGCCCGCUCCCAGAUCGAUAAGGCCUUGCUGUUGAUGACUCAGGGCACCACGCAGGAUAUGUUCGGGGGAUCGGCCCUUACCCUUACACCACAGCAAAACACAGCGAUCGCUCGUAGGUCCCUCGGGACACCUAGAUUUCCGCCGGUUCGCUCCGGUUCCCUGCUCGCCAUUGAUAACCGUCGACCGGUUGCCGAAGCGGCUUUAAGUGGCAAUAAGAAAAAGACAUUCCCAGCGACUCCUUCCGCAUUGUCCGGACGAUUGUCGUUAGGGGCCAGAGGUUCAACGAUCGCAGCCCGAGCAGAUACACCGAGACCAUCGUUGGCACAGGUGAAAUCCAUCGCAGGACUACGCCGCACCGUUACGAUGCCUCCACCAGCCGCAGUACGCCAGAAACCGGUAACGGGGACGACAACGACCGGACAGCGUCGCCUACCACCUCCUGCUUCGGCGACCAGCGUCAGCUCUAAAACGGUGGUCGCUAGGCAACCGAUUUCUUUCCGACCUGCGGCUUCCAGUGCGAUCCGGCAGCCAGGAUUAAUUCAACGUUCUUCGAGUGCUGCACUUUUGACCAAAAAAUAGACCAGCGCACCACACCGUGCCAUAUAGAUGUAUAUUCCCACAGAUAUCCUAAAGCGUACUGUUGCUUAUUCAAUAAAUCUGUUAUUAACGGUCCCUUUUUAA